UUGUUAUUGGUCAUCAGGGGUCCACUUUUUGAACUUUGAUCUAUAUUGGAACUAUUUCAUUUCCCCACAGUGGCUUAGUGCACGGCCGACGAGUGCUUCCAUUUACUUAGACGGCAUCACACUUAUCAUGGUGAGCCCAGUGUACAUGAGGAAAGAAUGGUAUGGCUCAACCCUUCCAUCAAACAUCACAGUUCCGCUUCCCACAGCAGCUGAACUUGUUUCACUCUGCAAAGAAACCAAUCGCCACGGUUAUACCAUAGGCGCUCCCUACCCCCCCGGCACUGAACCUCCCGUAUUCUGGAUCAAGUAUGGAUCUUCGAUCGCACAUGAUGGUUUGCGCAGCCUUGAGUCACAAGUGAGGGUUCCAGCCGUCUAUUACGGUUGCCAGGUUGCCAUCCCGUAUAAAGAUGAUCCCGAUGGAUGGCCCGCACACCGAACAUACGUGGUGAUGGAAUAUGUCCCGGGGAGAACAGCUGCCCAACGAUUGCAAGAUGCAAUCGAUGACGAUGCAAUGAAAGAUUUCAUAUAUGCAAAGAUAGCCUUUGCGUUGUCAGAGUUGCAUCGCAUCCCAGUGCCCCAAGAUUCUCGGCCAGCGGCGGUGAAUGGAGGGCGGAUUCGUCACGAGCUCUUUGACGAUAACCAGGCUUCGCUCCACUACCGAAAUAUAAGUGAAUUGGAGCAACAUCUUGACUUGUUUCUCACCAUGACAAAAGGCCAAUAUCAUAUCGAAAACCUUGCACAAGAGCCCAUGAUCUUCUGUUACUCUGACAUCUGGCUAGACAAUUUCAUAAUAGACGAUAAGGGCCGCAUUACAGUGGUGGAUUUUGAAGAUGCCAGCAUCUUGCCAUCCAGCUUCUCCAAGUUUAUACUCGCCGGAACUCGAGACAAGAUAGACCGGGACAUCAGACACAUGGUAGUUGUACCGGAGACGGAAGGUGUUGACAACACGUCUGCUUUAAUUGCCAUCGCACGCCCAAUGAUGAUGGGAUCCGGGUCUUUUGCAAAGGCUGGUCGAAAGCUCCUGGGUCAUUAUACGAUAGAUGAGGAUGAUAUAGUGGACAAGGUAGUCACAGACGCACAAGGGAUUCCGGUGUAUGCUUUUAUGGAGCCGUUAGUCCCGCCAGACGUUCCUAUCUCAGCGUCGCCGCCGCCAUUCGAGCAGUAGCUUCCAAUGUCUUCAAGAAUAGCUGCAGCUGAUCGCGGGCUAGAGGAUGAAGAGGUCAGAAGCUCAUAUUAGGAGGCAGGAAGAACUCAUAUGAGAUAGUAGCUUGAAAAGUCCGGGGCAAUUCUGAUUUGUUCGGUCAACCUCUCAGAAGAUGGAGCAAGCGAUCUGGUUUUGGCUGGUAUCCACCAUCUAGUGGGUUGCGCAAGGCAGAUUGACGAGCAAGGAGCAAUUAUCGUCCAGCUUAUUUUAUAACGGUCCUAAGACUGCCCAUUUUACAGGGCAUGUAUUUGCUACUCUAGUCUACGGCUAUAUUUUUGGUAGUCAUUGCAACUUGUUUGCCAUAUUACACGAGUCGUCCUUGACCCCGAUCAAGUGGAUUCAACCAUUAGACAUCGGAUCGUGUAGACGAAUAUCGCCUAAUUCAUGAUCAUAUUAUGGAAUAUUGAAGUUAUGGUUCAGGACUUUGUCGCCGGGGUUCGUAG